AUGUCCCUUUUUGCCCUGCCAACAGCAACCUAUAAGGCCAUCCCGUGGCAGUGUGGACGUCGUCGACUGCAGCACCAGCUGCUCCCCAUCUUCACCAGAACCGCAGCGCAGUCUACCCCUUCCGCUCGACCGCACUUUCACCAACGCGCCUAUACGAUGGCUGUGAAUGGUGAUCAGGGCCUGCGGCUCAGUAAUGUUUGCGACAUCCAAGAGAAGUUCCAAACAGCGAUCCACGAAUUCGAUAAAAUCGUCCUCACCACCAAGAAGCUCCUCGUCUUCGCCAACAACUUCUCCAUCCCCGUCCACACCACCACCCAGACGGUCGCCAAGCUCGGCCCGACCGUCGCUGAGCUGGCCGGCCUCCUCCCCUCCCCGGCCCACGACAAGACCAAGUUCUCCAUGUACAUCCCCCCCAUCGCCGCCCAGCUCGCGCCCGCCUCCUCCGUCGCCCUCGUGGGGAUCGAGAGCCACAUCUGCAUCACCCAGACUGCCCUCGACCUCCGCGACGCGGGACACCGCGUCUACGUCAUCGCCGACGCCGUCAGCAGCGCCAACCCGGCCGAGGUCACCGUCGCCCUCGACCGCCUCCGCGCCGAAGCCGGCAUCACCGUGACUACCAGUGAGAGCUGGAUGUACGAGACCGUCGGCGACGCUGCCCACCCGGGCUUCAAGAGCCUCCUCGGCGUCGUCAAGACAUCCCUAGCGGACACCAAGACCGUCCUCGGCGCGCUGCCCCCGAAGAUUUAG